UUGGAUUGCCUCGGUUUCUAAUCAGUCCUGCCUCUGGACCGAGAUCGCACUGCCCCCAAUGGACACUUAGAGGAAAGUGGCAUCUGACUUCACAAUUUUGCUGGAAAGUCCAUGGUAAUAAUAAAGCUGCACACGUGCAGGCCAUUUUAGGAAUUGAUUCAGAGACUGUUUUCCAUUCCGCAUUGAUUAAUCCAUCAACCCAACUUGGAAGCAAAGCUUGUGAUUUCUUCAGCCAAGGGCAAAAAUGCACCAGGAUUCUACGUCUCCAUUACCGCCACUCUUGCCAAAUGACCACCACGCACAUGCGCACGAUAGUAGCCAACCAUCGCGGCGCUCUAACCGCGAAGCCCAUCCAGAUUUCGAAAAAGAAACUACUACUCUCAAGCCGGGUAACGAUCUUGACGAAGGAGCCGAAGCUGAGGUUUAUACCAUCUUCUCGGUCCCUGAAAAACGACUGAUAGUUGCACUCUGUGGUCUCUCAAUGCUCUUCUCGCCUCUCACAGCAAACAUUUACUUCCCCGCCAUGGACCAGCUCCAAGCCGACCUCUCUGCGGGUAACCCUCAGCUGAUCAACCUGACUAUCACGGCCUACCUUGUUCUGCAGGGCAUUGCGCCCGCCCUCUUUGGGGACAUUGCCGACCUUGUUGGCCGCCGGCCCUCCUUUCUCGUCAUGUUUGCUGUCUAUACUGUUGCCAACAUUGGGCUGGCGCUGCAGCACAGCUUUGCUGCGCUCCUGGCGCUUCGCAUGCUGCAAAGUCUUGGCUGUUCAGCUACGGUGGCAGUUUCAUACGGCGCCAUUGCCGACGUGGCGACGGCAGCAGACAGGGGUGGCAUGGUGGGCGUGGCCAUGAUUGCGACCAAUCUCGGGCCGGUGAUAGCACCUGUCAUCGGAGGGGGCAUUCUUACUGCCGCUGGAUGGCGGUGGAUAUUCUGGUUCCUAGCGGUCUGUGGAGUGGUGGUUCUAGGGUUGAUGGUGCUGCUGUUGCCGGAGACAGCGAGAAAUGUGGUUGGAAACGGCGAUGUAGUGCCGGAAGCUUGGCGAAGACCGUUACUUACGGUGUUAGGGGCGGUGAAUAUUCCGAAGGCUGCGAGUUAUAGAGGUGGGAUGCGGAUAGAGAAGACCCAGAAGCGCAUCCCAAAUCCGCUAAGGUCGGUUAGGCUCUUGUUCCACAAAGACGCCUCGGUCGUCUUGCUUCUUAGUGGCGUGUUUUACAUGGUCUACUACUGUUUGCAGGCGUCGAUUUCUGUCUUGUUCAGGGAGAUAUACCACUUCAAGGACGACAUUAUUGGGGCUUGCUAUCUGGCCAUUGGCUGUGGUGUAGCAGUUGGCGGAUACCUGAAUGGUCGGUUGCUCGACUGGAAAUACAAGCAGACCGCAAAGGAGAUUGGGCAUGAGAUAAACAGGACGAAGAGUGAUGACAUGGACAACUUUCCUAUCGAAAAGGCUCGUCUACGCUUGAUAGUGUGGAUGCAUCUGGUUCAUCUUGCAGUCUUGAUAGGAUAUGGGUGGAUGUUGGAGAGUCGAGUGCACGUUAGCGGCCCUCUCAUCGUCAGCUUCAUUCUGGGCUUGCUCGAAACUUGUCUUGUUCAGACAUACAAUACGCUGCUUGUCGACAUCUUUCAAGAAAGCCCCAGUGCCGCUGCUGCUUCUGGGAACAUAGUCCGAUGCGCAUUGUCCGCUGGGGGUAUUGCUGCUAUGGAACCGCUAAUGCGCUCUCUGGGCAUUGGGUGGUACUUUACUCUCCUUGCUACGGUCAGCGUCCUCCUGGGCCUGGUGGGCAAUGAGGUAUUGACUAGGAAAGGCAUGCAAUGGAGACGGGCUCGUCGAGGAGUUGCCGAACCCGAUCGUGGAGCUGGCGGUGAUACUUAGGUAGUAUGAUGUAGAUUGACUCUUGUAGGAGCUCUGUUGUGUUAUAGCAACUACCUAGAUUACCACCCAUAGAUUGAAGAUUCAUUCUUUGUCACCUUAUUUGCAUGACUGGAGAUAUUCAGGUUCGGUUGGACGCAGCGGUGUCAUGGGGAUCCAGAAGGAAUCACUGAAAUUACCUCCUACUGUCAGGUAACCGUUGCGUUUAACUGAUCCUGAUAUAUCC